CAGGAGGAGGAAGAACGAGUCUGGUCUCGCUCCCCGACAAGACAUGUCUUCCACCAUUUCGCUUCCCCAUAUAAUCGCUUAUCUCUCUGCUCCAGAAAUCCCAAGAACCCUUCCCUAGUUUCCCUCAAUCCCAAAAACCUCCCCCCUUUCUCCCCGGAAAUUUCACGGUUGUGUCAAAAUGGCGCCGGCGACGGAGAGUCAGAGCUCCUUCCUUAGCCGGAUCAGCAUCCGCCGCAACCAGAUCGUGUCCAUGGAGGUCAACCACGAGCAAGAGCUCCAGGAACUCGAGAGUUUUCAGAAAUACGUGGCGGGGCGAUUCUCGGAAUUGCUGUGUCCGCCGCCGCUGUCCGCCGGAAAUAUCGACGCCGGCGCCAAUUCGCCUCCGUCUGAUCCGAUUCUGUCGAUUUCGUGGCUGCGGAAGCUGUUGGAUGUUUUCAUGUCCUGCGAGGCGGAGUUCAAGACGGUUCUGAUCACGGGUCCGGGUCCAGGUCCGGGUCCGGGUCGUGACCCGUUCCAGAUCUCGAAACCGCCGCUGGAUAGGGUGGUGCCCGAAAUGCUUGACCGGGUCGUCAAGGCUCUAGAUAUCUGCACCGCCGUCGUUAACGGGGUUGACUCCGUUAGAGACUGUCAGCGCCUCGCUGAGAUCGCCGUAACGGCACUGAAACAACGGCCGUUAAGCGACGGAAGCGUCCGGCGAGCAAAACGGGCCCUCACAAGCCUUCUCAACGCCUUAAACCCAGAGGAGAAAGGUAGCCGGAACGGCAGUGGGAGCAGCGGUAGGAGGACAACGGAACGGUCGUGGUCCUUCAGCCGCCGUAACGGAGGCGGCUACGUUAGUAAGAACUGGUCUGCGGCGAAGCAGAUUCAGGCAAUGACAGCCAAUCUGAUCGCACCACGUGGCACCGAGGCCUCUAGCCCCGCGGCUCUUCCCGUCCACAUAAUAAGCACAAUCAUGGUUUUGGUCAUGUGGGUGUUAGUAGCGGCGGUUCCAUGCCAAACAAGCAACGGCUUGCCAACGCAUCUACCGCUGCCAAAGCACCAGAGCUGGGCAAGUGCCGCCAUUAACAUCCACGAUCGGAUCGGGGAGGAGAUUAAACGGAAGGAGAGGCGUGGAGGUGGGUUUUCAGGCGGGCUGAUGGAGGAGAUGCAGAGGAUGGAGAGGAUAGGGAUGGGGCUGAUGGAGUUCGCCGAGGGGUUUAGGUCGGCGGAGGAGGUGGCGGAGAAGGUGGCGGAGAUGGAGGAGGUUUGCCGGAGAAUGGAGGAGCUCGAUGGGUUGCAGAGACAGGUGAGGGAAGUGUUCCAUAGAAUGGUCAGAAGCAGGACUGAGAUUCUCGAGGCACUUGACCAAGCGGGGAGGAACACUACUCCGCCUCCACUGUAAAUCUUUCUAAAUAGCUUUGCUUCUUUCUUGAUGAUGCAAAAAAAAAAAUCAUCUUUUUCAAUUUUUUUUGUUAGUAGAAAAAAAAAAAAGGAUACAAGGGUUUUGGGUCUUGUCAUUAUGUAUAGUAUACAUUGCCAUAUCGAUUCUCUUUUUUUUUUUGGGGAAUACUGAAACUGCCUUAGAAAAAAAUAAGAGUUUAUUUUUUUCUAUUUA